GCGGGCAAGCAUAGAACACCAGUACCAACGGCAUACACCGUAUCGGUUUUACCCUUGUGAUCGAAGAUGGCGCCGAUGAUCGCUUAUACGCUGCCCGCGAUGCAGCUCGUGUGUAACUUAGUCAUCCCGCAAGCUCCCGACCUAACGCGUAAUAAUUCAGAUGCGAAAACUCAAAACGCACCUGUUGUAAACGACUCACUGAUUCUGGAGCUUGACGCAAUUACAAUUUCGAUUCCACCUGUGACUGCAUCAUUGCCGAAGAUCGAAGCGAAGACUCUUCCGGACGGCUAUAAAAGCUUUCCCGAAAUUGGAGCAGCCUUCAAGUAUCAUGAUGAAAUUACGACGUUUGCAGCGGCUAACAAAACGUGCAUCGAGGAGGGUGGAAGCUUGGCGGUGAUUGAUUCUUGGACCAAGUUCGACAUUAUUUUUGAACUCCUACCGUUGGACUUACAAGCUUAUCACGUAGGCAUCACUCGCAAGUCCGGAAGCAAGGAUUGGGUUGACGUCAGGACAGGAUCGCCGCUGUCAGCCAUACCUUGGGGACAAAAUGAACCCGACGAAAAAUACGACUGUGCAUACAUUACGAAAGCAACCAAUGGACUGUGGACUUUAGGCUGUUCGGGGUGGCCGUUUGUGUGCGAGAUUCAAGUUCCUCAGAGCGACGAGUGAGGAGUCCGUAAAUCGGCUGUCGUGACCACUAAUCGGAUUCGGGCAAAACCGAGGGGUUCAUCACUGACAUUGUAAUCUGGUGUGCACAGGCUGCUGAAAUCCUAUACAUCCUUUGCAAUCUUUGUCAUCUCUGUAAUUUUUAGUUCCGGUUACUGCUCAGUCCUCAACUAUUUUCAUUUUCAACCACAAUCGAAAAAUAUAGUUCCAGGUAGAAAAUGAAAA